AUGAGGAGACUAAACAUUGCAAUGGUAUCGGACUUCUUCUAUCCAUCCAUGGGCGGUAUAGAAACACACAUAAAGUAUCUGAGUGAAGAGUUGAUUGCCAUGGGCCACAAAGUUAUAGUCAUCACGCAUAGAACCGGGGAUCUUGCUGGCUGUAGAAUGGUGGGGACAAUCAAGGUUUAUUUUCUUGACAUUCCUGUUCUAUGCAGGAAUACAACAUUUCCAAGUCUUUACUCAAAUUUUCCAUUGUUCAAAGAAAUCUUCGAUAGUGAAGAAAUAGAGAUAGUCCAUGGCCAUCAAACGAUGUCGAAUAUGUGUAUUGAGGGACUAUUUCAUGCAAGAACAUUGAAUCUCAAGACAGUAAUUACAGAUCAUUCAAUAUUUGAGGUGGGUCCUUUUGAAAACAUUGUUGUCAAUGCUUUAUGUCGCCUUGCAUUAAAGAACAUAGAUAGAUGUAUAUGUGUGUCGUAUACAUCCAAAGAAAAUACUCACAUCAGAACAAUGAUUCCCCUCGAGAGAAUUCAUGUCAUUCCAAAUGCAAUAGUUUCUGAUAUAUUCUGUCCAAGAGAGGAAAGAUGCUCUGACCAGAAAACUGUUGUGGUUGCAUCCAGGCUCGUGUUUAGGAAGGGGAUAGACCUGCUUAUUGGAGCAAUCCCGUUGAUCUGCAAAGGAGAUCCAAACGUCCGUAUCAUUAUAGUGGGUGAUGGGCCCAUGAAGGAAGGAAUCGAGCAAGUACUGGAUGAGAAUGAAUUGUAUGAUAGAGUAGAGAUAAUGCAUGAAGUUGACCACGAGAAGGUUGGGGAUAUAAUGAGAAGGGGGGAUGUUUUCCUCAACACAUCCCUAACAGAAACCUUUUGCAUAGCCAUAGUUGAGGCUGCCUCGUGUGGUCUCCAUGUAGUUAGUACCAAUGUUGGUGGAAUAAGCGAAGUAUUGCCUCCAGACAUGAUAACAUUUAGUAAAAUCACGUCUGAAGACCUUGCUGAAAAGGUAUUGAUAGCUUUGAGAAAGAGCAACCACAAUCCUCAGGACUACAACAAGAGGCUCAAAGACAUAUAUAAUUGGAAGAGGGUAGCAAAGAUGACCGAGAAAGUAUACAUGAAUAUUGAGCAGACCUUCCUGAGCUACAGAAACAGGAGAGAGCUAUACAGGGGAGUCACCGGAUUUCUCUCAAGACUCAUGAUAACAAUAGAAUACUUGUUUCUUUUUUUUAUAGCCCAAAGAAUAGAUUGUAGAGAAGAAUGA